GUAUUUGUUGUUACUUGUGGAUCCGUGGGUCUUUCAGUUUUAGUUUUGUUAAUAAUUAGUUUUUUUAAGUCAUUGACUUAAAAUAAAAAAAUUUAUAUACUAUUAAUUGUAUUAUUAAUCUAUUUUAUUCAUGUAUUAAUGUAUAUGACACUAUUUGAAAACCAAAUGAUAGAAGGAAACACUUUAAAAACUCAACCGAAAACAUACUAUAUAAACCGGCUCCCGAGUCCUGCUGGUUAACUGAUAACUCCCCCCAUUAACUGAUCAUCGAUACGGCUUUCCUUAUUUCUCUCCCUUUCAUGGAUUCUACCAUACGUUGUUCCGUUAUUAUUAUCGGCGCUGGAAUCUCCGGUUUAUCGGCGGCUAAACAUCUCGCAGAUAAUGGCGUUGAAGAUAUCAUCAUCCUCGAAGCUUCCGAUUCAAUCGGUGGUAGAAUUCGCAAACAACACUUUUCCGGCCACACGGUCGAACUCGGAGCCGGUUGGAUCGCCGGCGUAGGUGGUAAAGAUACUAACCCGAUUUGGGAACUCGCUAAACGGGCCGGCUUACGUACUUGCUUCUCUGAUUAUAGCAAUGCUCGCUAUAAUAUCUAUGAUCGAGGCGGAAAAAUAUAUCCAAGUGGAAUAGCUGCUGACUCGUAUAAGAAAGCUGUUGACUCCGCAAUUCAACGACUCAGUGUUAAAGAAGAUGGUUUCUCAAAUGAGCAUCUCAAGUCGCCGAAAACACCUAUAGAAUUGGCAAUUGAUUUCAUCCUCCAUGAUUUUGAAAUGGCUGAAGUUGAACCAAUAUCAACAUAUGUUGAUUUUGGAGAAAGGGAAUAUCUUGUUGCUGAUGAACGAGGGUAUGAUCAUUUGUUAUACGAGAUGGCUGGUUCAUUUCUUUUGACAUCUGAUAAUGAAAUUUUGGAUAAUCGGCUCAAACUUGAUAAGGUUGUUCGAGAAAUACAAUACUCGAGGAGCGGCGUUACCGUAAAAACAGAGGAUGGUUCCAUCUACGAGGCUAAUUACUUAAUUUUGUCUGUUAGCAUUGGUGUACUUCAAAGUGAUCUAAUUUCUUUUCGUCCACCUUUACCCAAGAGGAAGACAGAUGCCAUCGGGAAAUGUGAAGUGAUGGUAUACACAAAAAUCUUCCUUAAGUUCCCUUACAAUUUUUGGCCAUCCGGAACAGAAAAAGAAUUCUUCAUCUAUGCACAUGAGAGGAGAGGCUACUACACGUUCUGGCAGGUGUGUUUGAUCAAUCACAUGGAUAAUGCGUAUCCAGGAUCUAAUAUUCUCGUAGUAACAUUAACUAAUGGUGAGUCAAAACGUGUGGAGGCUCAAUCUGACCAAGAGACUAAGAUGGAGGCCAUGGAAGUCUUGAGAGAUAUGUUUGGUCCUGACAUACCAGAUGCCAUAGACAUUCUUGUGCCUCGUUGGUGGAAUAACCGCUUUCAGAGGGGAAGUUACAGCAACUACCCUAUCAUUUCCAACAAUCAGCUUGUACGAGACAUUAAGGCUCCAGUAGGACGGAUUUUCUUCUCGGGAGAGCAUACUAGUGAAAGGUUUAGUGGCUAUGUUCAUGGAGGAUAUUUCACAGGUAUUGACACUGCUAAUGCUCUGUUGGAAGAAAUGAGGACACAGACAUUCGAACUAGAACCCUUGCUAGCAUCAACAGGAUCUUUGACGUUAUCUCGAUCUGAGAAAACGUCAAAUAUACACAAAUAUGAGUUGCCUCGGCAACCUUGGCAGCAACCUCGGAAUGCCAGAAGCCAUCUUAUGACUGAAUGGACCACUCACUGCGCAGGAAUGUGCUGCAGCCAGCGUUGGGUGGUGUAUUUGAUGUAAAGUUAUUCAAGUUCGAAAUAAUCAAGCGAAGCAAAAUUGUCUUCAAAUUUGGUGAUAACCAUAUACAAGUAGAGAAUAUUGAUGGAAGUGACGAGUUUUAGGUAGGGUUUUGUAGUUUUAUGGAUGUGGUUUACCUGAUGUUAGAUGCUAAUCAAACUCGGCAGUUUACUUUUUUGUUUUCUUGAAAGACAACAGUGUAAGUUAUAAACUUCAUCGAUUUGAUUAAUUCAAGGGAAUUCGAUUUACUGUA